GCAGCUACGUGUGGGUGACCUGCUCGGUUAGAAGCCCUCGUCGGCCAUCUUUACACAGGGCAGCCUUCCGCGACCAACCGGGCAAAGUGGGGAAAGAGCCUGGCGCUGCCAUCUUUGUGCGGGGCAGCGCUCACGUGAUCGAGAGGGACGUUCCGCGCGGCCAUCUUUGUGCGGGGCGCGCCUGGAGGACGGUGUUGCCGCAGCCGCGGCCAGUGGACGUCCGUUGGCGUGAGGAGGGGCCGGCAGGGCCGCGGCUAGGGCGUACGCCUUCUCGGUAACGCUCGCUUCCUGUGCCGCAGCCUCUCGGCUACGGAGUGCACCGGCCCGGGCCAAUAUCUCUGAUGUAAGCCACGAAGCCGGCCGCGGUUUGUCUUAGCCCCGGGCUGCGCGCACGGUGCGUCGGCUCGGCUGCUCUGGAUCUCAGAAAAUACAACCUCUGAAAUGUCGUCGCCUGGCAACAAUUGCCCGCACUUGGAAUCAGUUGGUGAGAUAACAAAAGAGGAAUUGAUACAAAAAUCUCAUGGCACUUGUCAGGACUGUAAAGUGAGAGGACCUAACCUUUGGGCGUGCUUAGAGAACAGGUGUACGUAUGUUGGCUGUGGUGAAUCUCAUGUUGAUCACAGUACUACCCAUUCCCAGGAAACAAAACACUGUCUAACUGUCAACCUUACUACACUCCGUGUUUGGUGUUAUGCCUGUAGUAAGGAAGUAUUCCUGGAUAGAAAAUUAGGAUCUCAUUCUUCACUACCAAAUGCAAGACUGUCUCAGCAAGUGCAAGAAAAUAGUGUGCAGGAUUUUAAAAUACCUAGUAAUCCCACACUGAAGAUUCCACUAGCAGCUGUAUUUGAUGACUUAGAUAUAGAAGUGGAAGAAGAUGAGUUAAAAACACGAGGUCUAACGGGAUUAAAAAAUAUUGGAAACACUUGUUACAUGAAUGCAGCUUUACAAGCUCUUUCCAACUGCCCACCUUUGACACAUUUUUUUCUUGACUGUGGAGGCUUAGCACGAACAGAUAAGAAACCAGCAAUUUGUAAAAGUUACCUCAAGCUGAUGACAGAACUUUGGCACAAAAGCAGGCCUGGUUCUGUUGUUCCUACUGGUUUAUUUCAAGGAAUUAAAACUGUUAAUCCAACAUUUCGAGGCUACUCUCAACAGGAUGCACAAGAAUUUUUGCGUUGUCUAAUGGAUUUGCUUCAUGAAGAACUUAAAGAACCAGUUGUAGAACUGGAAGAUGCCCAGCCUAUGAGUGGUGAAGAGAGUAUGGAAGAAGACAAGAGCCAGUCAGACAAGAGCUUUCAACCCUGUGAAUCCUGUGGUACCUAUGAAAAAGCAGAAAAUGACACUAUUUUCAAACCUGUCAUAGAGGAUCCUGCAGAGACAACCAUGUUAAUUCAAGAUGAUGAAAACAACUCAGACACAUCCAAAGACUGGCAAAAAGAAAAAAUGCCAAGCAACAAGCUUAAAAGAGAAAAUUCUCUGGAAGACUUGGAAAAAGACACAAACACUGUUUCAGAGACCACUGAAUUUUUAAAUAAUCAGGGAACUGUCAAAGUACAGAUACACAACAGAUUCUCAGAGUACAUCAAUGAUGUCCAUAUGAAUGAUAUAUCUGCUGUCCAAACCUCACCGUCAAAUGAAGGGGUGAACACACGCUUAUCAAACAGUCCUCCAAAAUCAUUCUCAUCAUGCUCUUCACUGGCACUAGUCCACAAAAAAGUUUCAACUGUACCAUCACCAAAAAAGAAGAAGCGCAAGAAGUAUAGGAGUGUCAUCUCUGAUAUAUUUGAUGGGACCAUAAUAAGCUCAGUACAGUGCCUGACUUGUGAUAGGCUGUCUGUAACCCUGGAGACCUUUCAGGAUCUGUCCUUGCCUAUUCCAGGUAAGGAAGAUCUUGCUAAACUCCAUUCUGCAAGUCAUCAGACAUCUCUAGUCAAGGCAGGGUCAUGUGGAGAAGCCUAUGCCCCACAAGGAUGGAUAGCUUUUUUUAUGGAAUAUUUCAAAAGGUUUGUUGUCUCAUGUGUUCCUAGCUGGUUUUGGGGUCCAGUUGUAACCUUACAAGAUUGUCUUGCUGCCUUUUUCGCCAGAGAUGAGCUCAAGGGUGACAAUAUGUACAGCUGUGGAAGGUGUAAAAAGUUAAGAAAUGGAGUGAAAUUCUGCAAAGUGCAAAAAUUUCCUGAGAUACUGUGCAUUCAUCUCAAAAGAUUUAGACAUGAACUUAUGUUUUCCACAAAAAUUGGGACCCAUGUGUCCUUUCCCUUGGAAGGCCUUGAUCUUCAGCCUUUCCUUGCGAAGGACAGUCCAGCUCAAAUAGUGACUUAUGAUCUCCUAUCUGUCAUCUGUCAUCAUGGAACUGCCAGCAGUGGACAUUAUAUAGCUUAUUGUCGUAACAAUUUAAAUAAUUUGUGGUAUGAAUUUGAUGACCAAAGUGUCACAGAAGUAUCAGAAUCCACAGUACAAAAUGCAGAAGCCUAUGUUCUCUUCUACAGAAAGAGCAGUGAAGAAGCACAGAGAGAGAGACGGAGGAUAUCGGGUCUACUGAAUAUGAUGGAACCAAGUCUUCUGCAGUUCUAUGUUUCCAGACAGUGGUUAAAUAAAUUCAAGACUUUUGCAGAGCCAGGACCAAUUUCAAAUAAUGACUUUCUCUGUAUACAUGGAGGUGUUCCUCCACAGAAAGCUAACUUCAUAGAGGACCUGGUUGUAAUGCUACCUCAAAAUAUAUGGGAUAAUCUGUAUAGCAGAUAUGGAGGAGGACCAGCUGUUAACCAUCUGUAUGUUUGUCACACCUGCCAAAUAGAGUCUGAAAGAAUUGAAAAAAGGCGGAAAAAUGAAUUGGAAAUGUUUAUUCGGCUUAAUAGAGCGUUCCAAGAAGAAGAAUCUCCGUCAACGUUUUACUGCAUCAGUAUGCAAUGGUUCAGAGAAUGGGAAGGAUUUGUAAAGGGUAAAGACAGUGAUCCUCCUGGUCCUAUUGAUAAUGCUAAGAUUGCAGUAACAAAGUGUGGAAAUGCUGUGCUAAAACAAGGUGCAGAUUCUGGACAAAUAUCUGAAGAAACAUGGAAUUUUCUUCAGUCAAUCUAUGGUGGAGGUCCAGAGAUUAUACUCAGACCACCUGUUCCUCCUGUAGAACCUGAUAUCUUGCAAACAGAGGAGAAGAUUGAAUUAGAAACCCAUGGUCUGUAGCGAUUGAGAAAAAUAUACAAACUUGUAAGGAAUCCAACUUCCUUACAAAAUGCCCAAAAUACAUUCCUGAAAGUUUUAUUUUCUUAUGUCUGUUGGAGGCACAGUUCACUGGGCAUUACAUUAACUACAGAAUAGUAAGUUGAAAUACGUGUUACAAUUUGUUUAGAGGCUGUAUCUUUGUUUUGGAAGGCAUGUGGUUUGUACAUUUUGGAGUGUUUGGUCAAUGGAAAAAAAGUGUAAUUUCUGAAAUUUUUGGUAUAAGUCAAAAUCCUGUUCUAUCCUUAGACUUGAAAAAUAGCUGACAAAUUUCAGAGAUGUCUAAUUACCCUUCUGUUUCCUGAUUGGGCUUCUGAUAUCUACAAACUUAAUUGUACAGUCUUGACAAGCCUAGGUAUACGGGGAGUAUAUUUUAAAUGGAUUGCAAUCUGAUAAAGAAAAAAGGAUUUUAAUUUCCUAAAUGCUCAGGAAAAAAUGAUCUCACUUAUUUUGCACUGUAAGUAUAUGAAAUGGUAGGAUAUAACAUCCAAAUACUUACUGUAUUUGAAUGGAUCAAACAUUAGCAUAGAUUCAAUAUUGUUUUAGUCAGCAAAUGUCAUAACUUAUUACCUACUAAAUUUUACAUCUUAUUAUAGUCUUCUGUAACUCUAUAAACCUGGUUAUUGUCUUUAAUAGUAUAUGUGACAAAAAGAUUUAGUCUUCUCUAGGGUAAUGUUUGAGAGCAUGAAGUGUGAAAUGUAAAAUGAUUAUGGACAUGAGUGAUAUAAAUUUCAGAAAUUAAAUUGUCUGGUCUCUUGAAUUACAUUCAUAAACAGUUCCAUUUGAAGGAUUUCAUGGUAUUGUUAAAAAUUUUCAUUGGCAUGAUGAUCUAUAAUGUCAGAAGCUGGAUAAAAUGUAUAUAUUGCAAAACUUUACUGAAUGAACCAUAUUGGAAUGCAGAAUGGCACUUGCUUUUGUUUUUGCCUGAUAUUGUUACCAAAUAAGCAGCAUUAUUCAAGGCUGGAUCAAUAAAAAAAAAUAAACUGUGGAAGAGGUGGGGGGGAAAAGCUUUCUUAAAUGAUUUUCAUUUAUUACAUUAAUACAAGAACUUCGGAAGUAGCGCCGUGGUACUGCUCUCACACUCAUGUAUGUCUUGACCACUUGAUAUUUAGGUACUGAUGGUGACAGUUCUAGUUCCAAAGAAAGAAAAUGCCGAUAUCACAUUCUUCUGGAUAAUUUUAUAUCUAGUAUCAAAUCAAACUGGUUUUGAACUUUGUAAAGCACUUAAGCCUUUCUGGUUAAAAAGCCACUUAUAAGAUUCCUAGAGAGAGUGUCCUUAAAUAUUAGCUAAUGUGCUGUAUAGGAGUCAGUUCUGUCUAAAUGUAAAUCCCACUAUUUUCCUCAACCUUCCUGAGAAGAGCUAGAGCAAAAAACAGAUCGGUGAAAAUCAGAGAGGUAAAUGUACAGCAAAAUGAAGCUGCUGAUUAUAUGGCUGGUACACAAGGAAAACAUUUUUCAGUUUUAAACUAUGUUGCAGGAAACUUGGCCAGUCUGUAAACUUUCUGAACUUUUAUCUAAGUACUCAUCUUUAAAUUCCAGAGGAGGUCAUAGGACAUGGGCAGCUGAGAAGCCUUGCAUGUACAUAGGUGUGAAUGUAAAGAAACACUUAGCAGAGACUUUUAAUGUCUGACGAUGCAUUUGAACAAUUUUAUAUUAGUAGAUAAGGCAAUGUGAAAUUGAGUUGAGGUUACCUGUGGAUUUAAGGUAAACACAUCACUUACUACCAUGGACUCAUCUUACUGAUUAAAGUUAACUUGCUUCUGAACAGUCAGCAGUAACUUGCCUUGGCCUGCAGAAGACUGUUCUGACUCCUUACCUCCAUUUUUUGUUCUUUCUUUUUUUCAUAUUAGAGUGACUAAGCUAAACUUGGACUUAUAUUGUCUUAAACUUGUUUUUUUUCCUAAGGUUUUUAUCUCAUUUGAGCUAUUCUUAAGGUUUUCUAAUGUACUAAAGCUAAAUAACAAUGCAUAUAGGUCUGCAUACUUUAGGAAGAAUUUUUAAUUGGAAACUUGGGAGUAUCUCCUUGAUUGGAGCACUGUAGCAUGGCCAAUUUAUUAUUGUUUGUUUUCACUAAUAAUCUGGAUGGUAGAACAGACUGCCCCUAAAAAACAAGAGAAAAAUGGCUCGAGUGUUAGGGACAUCAGGUUGUCAGGGGAAUGAAGCAGUUCUGAGCCGAGUAUUCUGGGUAUUAUAGCAUAUCAGAUGAAGAGUUAAAAUCCAGUGAUACUGAUAAAAAAUGUUCUGGGUAAUAGUAAAAGCAUCAGAUGUGAGGCACAGGAGGUAAUUAUUCUGCUCUACUUGGUGCUGUGCUUAUUGUGAGAUGUCAUUGGUACUGUUCCCAAUUUUGGAUGUUAUAUGAUGAUAGAUACAAGUUGAGGAGAGGUUAUUUGAGAGAAGAACAAGACUCAUUGUUGAAAACAAAGUUGUUCUCUUGCUUAAAAGAGUGUGGAAGGUGCAAGACUUCCAAUGUGAAAAUAGCUGCUGGGUACAAGUGAGCAGUUUUUCCAAAUGAGUAGAGAUAUUUGCCUCAGCUUUAGCAAUGGUGACUUGUGCUGAGUUUAGGUAGCCUAUUUGAAAUUUAGAAAUCUAGCAGUUUUGUCAGCCUUUUCUGCUAUGUGUCUGGGACUUCUUAGUUAAGCACAAACUUAAACUGUGAUGCACCCAGAUCAGCAACAAGAUAGUUCAAAACAGGAGAGUUUGUGAAACCACUGCAGUAAAAGGCAUCUUCACGCUACAACUGUUUGUCAUGCUUAGAAAACAAAAACCCCUGAGUUUGCAGAGAUUAAAUAGAUGUGUUUGUGUUUAAGACAGACGGUUCUAAAGGAAUAUCUAUCUUGCUUUUAUUCCUUUGAGAGCUCUACAAGGGAUUUUAUGCCACAGAAAUGGAAGUAGCCUUUUAAAGCAAGACAGUGUGGGAGAACUCCAGAUGGAUGGCUUGUGUAUGCUGGAGGGAAGGCAGCAAUUCACACACUAGCUAAAGAAGCAGCCUUUACUGUGAAGAGCUGUCUGAUUUGCAGCAAAGAAAGAAUGCAUCUCAGGAAAGAGCUGUGGAAAUUAUUUUUUUCCAUUAGCCUUUCACCAGACUAUUUGGAUUCUUUGUUCAUAUUUUUCCAGUUGAGGAAACACAGCGAUGUGUUUGAGUGCCAGGGAAGCUGUCAUGUCAAGAAGGGAAAAUCCAGUGAAGUCCUUGUUUACAGGCCUGGGAAUCUAGAUUUGAGCUUUUGAAAGCUUGUUUUUCAGUCUGGUAACUUUAUUUCUCCCUUCUGGGGAAAAUUCCAUGGUGGGUAUGGGGGACUUAACAGCUCAAAGCUUGAUUUCUCUAAAUUUUUGAAGGUGUUCUGUUUUUUUACAAAUAGUAUAGUAUUGUAGUUUUAUAGUUCAUCUGAACCCCAAACAGCGAGGAGAGUGCUUUAGAUAUUCUGUGAUGUAGCUGAAGAGCAUAACUGAUUCUGAGGUGACAGCUAAGUAGUCUAUAUGCCUAGCUGUAAAAUUUUGCCAUGUUAUGCUUUUACUGACUUAAAGGCCAGUCUUUCCUGUCCCUGGAACAUUAGGAAAUGAAGGAAGUUCUGAAGAUAUUCCAUGUUAACUUGGGUAGUCCAGAAAGCUGUUUCUGCAAAGAUAACCUGAAUUAUCCCUAGACACAGGACUACAUGUAGAAAGAGAUACAGGUAACUACAUGUAAUAUAAUUCUCUAGUUUCUUAAUUGAACUGUGGCUGGAGGCACUACAGUAAUUAUUCUUGUUUCUAUGUUGGACUAGUGACCUUGAGUAGAUAUAUCCGAUUAAAGGUUAUUUUUUGUUUUUAAAUAGAUAAAUGAUACUCAACUGACUGCUGUAAUGGGUGUUAGCUUUCCCAUCAGUAACGGACAGAAAGUUUGCUAGGUAAGUUACUCUUCAAUAAUACACUGUUCAAAAGCUGUAGCAAGGCACAAUGGAAAAAGGCAAAAGCUAUUUUUAUUAAUUCAUAUAAAACAAACUCAGAACCAUUUUAACAACUCUGCAUAUUUUAUUUAAAUACUGUUGUAACUGUGAGCCAUUGAUCUGUCUGAAUGCAGCAAAGACAUUUUUUAAGGUAUCCUCUAAUAUCUAUUGACCAAAUCUGCUGUAUGGCAAGUGCUCUGGUGAGACACUGCAAACCUGACAAAUCUGAAUUCAAAGAAGCAGAGACAUUGUUGCUACACGUCCCUGACAAUGGUAAAAAAAUGUUUCAUUUCAAUUUUGCUGCUCUAAGUGUUGUACUAUGAUUAGUACACCUGCUACAUGCAGCUGGGUCAAUGGAAGCUAAUUUAUUUUGUGGGUUUUUUAAAAGUUAAUUAAUCUAUUUCAUCUUAGUGAUAUCAUAUUUGGUCUGGAAGUUCUAGUCUGUUUAGCUUUGCUUGGGAGUCACAUAGUCAAGUGGGAAUGCUUACCGUCCUAUCAACAGAGCUAUGCUGAUAUGAACUAUACAAAUAGAGAUGUUGGAAGAUUGGAGAUAACAAAUAAUGCAUUAGACCCUCCUCUGGAGGGUAAAUGUGUUGUACUCUUAGAAUUCUGUUCAUCCAGCAGAGUGUAACACUCAGUGAUAUAUGAAAGAAUUUAUAUUUAGAGUCUUUUGUAAAUUCAUUUGGCCCUGUAUUUUGGUCGAGAGCCCCAAAGCAAGGUAAUUUCAUAUAAGUAUGUUGCAUCAGUGAUAUGUCCCACUUAUACCAGCAUAUAGGAUAUCAGCAUUAAGCAUUAGAAAUAUAUUUGGCUAUAAAAUAUAUUACAUGCAUGAAGCAGUUUUCAUUGGCAGACCCAAAUUAAACAUGUCUGGUGUAAUUUGAUGUGAUAUGCUAAUGCAUUAUGUAAGAAUAUGGCUUCUCAGAUUCACUGUAUAUUCACUUAUAUAGUGAUUGGCUUUUUGUAACACAAGACAUCCUAGGUUUUCUUAAAAGGGCUAAAGCCAGGAAGUUUCUUUCAAAGUAGUAGUAGUAUAGGCAUUUAUUUAUAAUGGUACUGCUAACAUUUGGCUUUAAUUGAUAAAUUAUCCUGUUGUUCAUCACUGAAGUUCAUUUGGAAAAAUCAGACCUGAGAUUUGGAAAAUUUCCAGGAAAACUUAGCAGAUUAUGUCUGUCCAAAGGGGCAACUGGUUUCUUCAUGUUUGCCAUACAACUAUUUUAUACUGAGCUAAGAAAAUUCUGUUCCAUUUUGAAUUCCAUAUAUACAUCUGGCUUAGUGCAGUCUAAGCAGUUUUCUCACUGAAAACCUUUCAGCUCUUCAUUUUGCCCAGGAAAUGAGUAAAACAACUAGGCUUUUUCAUUUUUCGAAACAGAUGGCUUUUCUGGCUUCCCUCUCUAUUUAAGCCAUCCAGAGCUGACAAUUAGUAGCAGGAAGCAAAAUAAGAGUUCUAGAUUUCUGAAGUGUCAUAAAGAAAGACAAAUCACUUUCAGUGUUAUUUCACAGAAAUUAUCUGGUUGCAAACAAAUUUCGUUUAUAUUAAAUCUUCUGCCUUCAAAAUCUGAGUAGAUUAGGAAACAACCUUGUUCAAUAAAAAAAAAUUAAAAGCGCUAUUCUCACUAACAAUGAAA